UCCUGGGUGGUUAUAGUUAAGUCUGAGCAUCUCUGAAAGAUAGGACAAAGAAGAAAAGUAAUUAAUUUAUAGUAGACCAUAAGAAAGACUGCACUGUUACUGGGAGUUUUCAAACGCACAGAAGAAAAGGAGCCAGUUACGAAUCUUAAGGAUUUUUCUUCUGAUUUCUCUGUAUUUUUGGAUUUAGCACUUCUAAUAACUUUUUGCGGCACAGAAGUUAAAAGAACGGAAGUAUCGUAAUGAAACUGCCGGGAGUAUUAUUGCUGCUGAUGCUGUUGAACUGUGAGGGCAGCAGAGUUGCAGAAAGCGGAGACGACAAUAGUGUAUAUGACCUGUUUGAAAUAGUGAAGGUCCCCAAGAGGAACCACGGGGUGAGUCUGGUUAAAGGCGCAGACCCCUACAGCCCCGCUUAUAAAAUUCUGAAUCCGGACCUGAUCCCCCCAGUUCCCGAGAACACCUUCAGGGACCUAAUUGAUUCCAUCCAUGCAGAGAAGGGAUUUCUUCUCUUAGUGAACUUCAAGCAGUUCAAGCGAACCAGGGGCAGUAUCUUGACCGUUGAGAAGAAUGACGGCUCCGGACCCAUAUUUGAAAUAGUUUCCAAUGGCAAGGCUAAAACAUUGGACGUGGUUUACUCCACUGAAAACAAGCAACAGUUGGGGUCCUUCGAAGAGGCGGAUCUGGCGACGGGCCACUGGAAGAACAUUACCCUUUUCGUACAAGAGGACCGCGCUCAGUUAUUUGUUGGUUGCGAAGAGAUCGAUAACAGGGAAAUGGACUUGCCCAUCAACAAGAUCUUGACCCAGGAGGUUCCGGACAUUGCUCGUCUGAGAAUUGGAAAGGGAGCUGUGAAAGACAGAUUCAUGGGGGUGCUCCAGAAUGUGCGCUUUGUUUUUGGAACUACUUUGCAAGAUAUUAUGCGAAACAAAGGAUGUCAGAGUGCAAUGUCGACUGAUACCAUUACCCUAGACAAUCCAGUGAAUGGGUCCAGCCCUGCAAUCAGGACUAAUUUUGUUGGCCACAAAACAAAAGAUCUGCAAGCCGUUUGUGGGUUUACUUGUGAUGAUUUAGCAGGAAUGUUCAAAGAACUAAAGGGACUUGGUUCUGUUGUUACCAAGCUGUCACACGAACUCGAAAAAGUGACUAAAGAUAAAGAUGUGCUCAUGACCUACCUUGACUUGACCCGAGGAGUCUGUAUCCACAAUGGAAUUAGACACGAGAAUAAUGAUGAAUGGACGGUGGAUGGCUGCACUGAGUGCACUUGUCAGAACUCUGCUACUGUGUGUCGCAAGAAAUCAUGCCCAUUGAUCCCCUGCACCAAUGCCACUGUUCCAGAUGGAGAAUGCUGCCCACGGUGUGGAACCCAGAGUGACUAUGCUGAUGACAGCUGGUCCCCCUGGUCUGAAUGGACCCAUUGUUCAGUGUCCUGUGGAAGAGGCAUUCAGCAGCGCGGCCGCUCCUGCGAUCGUAUCAACAACAACUGUGAGGGCACCUCUGUGCAGACGCGGGACUGCUAUCCUCAGGAAUGCGACAAGCGAUUCAAACAGGAUGGUGGCUGGAGCCACUGGUCUCCCUGGUCCACCUGCUCGGUUACCUGCGGUGAUGGCGUCAUCACCCGUAUUCGCCUCUGCAACUCGCCAACACCCCAGUUGGGUGGCAGGGACUGUCAGGGAGAAGGAAGACAGACUGAGCCGUGCCAGAAAUCUCCAUGUCCAAUAAAUGGAAAAUGGGGACCCUGGUCCCUGUGGGAUACUUGUACUGUCACCUGUGGUGGAGGCGUCCAGACUCGCAAACGUAUCUGCAAUGAUCCGUCUCCCAAAUAUGGUGGAAAGGAUUGUGUGGGUGACGAAAAGGCAACCCAGCUCUGCAACAAGCAGGACUGUCCCAUUGAUGGGUGUCUCUCCAACCCUUGCUUUGCGGGAUCUAAAUGCACAAGCUUCCCAGAUGGGUCCUGGAAAUGCGGUGAUUGCCCAGCAGGCUACUCUGGAGAUGGAGUCACCUGCCAGGAUAUUGAUGAGUGUAAAGAAGUUCCAGAUGCUUGCUUUGAGCUCAAUGGAGUACACAGGUGUGAGAACACAGACCCCGGGUACAACUGCCUACCCUGUCCUCCUCGUUUCACUGGACCACAGCCUUUUGGCAGGGGUGUGGAAGAGGCCACUGCUAAGAAACAGGUCUGCGAACCCCGUAACCCUUGUCUUGAUGGGAGUCACGACUGCAACAAGAAUGCCCGCUGCAUCUACUUGGGCCACUUCUCAGAAAUCAUGUUCCGUUGUGAAUGCAAACCUGGCUAUGCUGGAAAUGGACACAUUUGUGGGGAGGACAGUGACUUGGACGGCUGGCCUAAUGCUGACCUCAUCUGCGUUGAGAAUGCCACAUACCACUGCAAGAAGGACAACUGUCCAAACCUUCCCAAUUCUGGCCAGGAAGACUAUGACAAGGAUGGACUUGGUGACGCUUGUGAUAAUGAUGAUGACAAUGAUAGCAUCCCUGAUGAUAGGGACAACUGCCAGUUCAUCUACAACCCAACGCAAUACGAUUAUGACCGUGAUGAUGUUGGAGAUAUCUGUGAUAACUGCCCAUAUGACAGCAACACUGACCAGAUUGACACAGACAACAAUGGGGAGGGUGAUGCUUGUGCUGUGGACAUCGAUGGAGAUGGUAUUCUAAAUGAGAAGGACAACUGCCCCUACGUCUACAAUGUUGACCAGAGAGACACUGACCGAGAUGGGGUUGGAGACCAGUGUGACAACUGCCCACUUGAACAUAAUCCUGACCAGAUUGAUUCAGAUUCAGACCGAGUUGGUGACAAAUGUGACAGCAACCAAGACAUUGAUGAAGAUGGUCAUCAGAACAACUUGGACAACUGUCCAUACAUCCCCAAUGCCAACCAAGCUGAUCAUGAUAAAGAUGGCAAGGGAGAUGCCUGUGACCACGAUGAUGACAAUGACGGCAUUCCUGAUGAAAAAGAUAAUUGCAGGCUGGCCUUUAACCCAGACCAGCUGGACUCUGAUGGUGAUGGUCGUGGUGACAUCUGCAAAGAUGACUUUGACCAGGACAACGUGCCUGACAUCUACGAUGUGUGUCCUGAGAAUUUCGAUAUUAGUGAAACCGACUUCCGCAGAUUCCAGAUGGUGCCUCUAGACCCCAAGGGCACAUCCCAGAUUGAUCCUAACUGGGUGGUACGUCACCAGGGCAAAGAGCUGGUGCAGACCGUCAACUGUGACCCUGGCAUUGCUGUUGGUUUUGAUGAGUUCAAUGCGGUGGACUUCAGCGGUACCUUCUUCAUCAACACCGAAAGAGAUGAUGACUAUGCUGGGUUCGUAUUUGGCUACCAGUCUAGUGCCCGCUUCUAUGUGGUGAUGUGGAAACAGAUAACGCAAACCUACUGGUCAAACAUACCCACAAGAGCUCAGGGAUAUUCCGGGCUGUCCAUUAAGGUUGUCAACUCUACCACUGGACCAGGAGAACAUCUGAGGAAUGCUCUGUGGCAUACAGGAGACACUGCUGGACAGGUGCGCACUUUGUGGCAUGACCCUAAGAACAUUGGCUGGAAAGACUUUACUGCCUACAGAUGGCACCUGACUCACAGGCCAAAGACAGGACAUAUCAGAGUUGUUAUGUAUGAAGGCAAGAAAAUCAUGGCAGAUUCUGGAAGCAUCUAUGACAAGACAUAUGCAGGUGGAAGAUUAGGACUCUUUGUCUUCUCACAAGAGAUGGUUUACUUCUCAGAUCUCAAAUAUGAAUGCAGAGAUACAUAAUUGUACCAGGGAGAGGCUUUCUAAAGAAUGUACCAUUGAGUAUAAAUAGAAAUAUGUAUUUUAAAGUCAAGUCAUGGGAUCUUAUCUUCAUCUUUCUUCUGCAACACGCACAUUGGUGGAACAAGAGCAAGUGAAUAACUUCAAGGUAAAUUGACACUGGGACAGAAACCAUCUUACUACCAGUUGAAGAUUAGAUCCCUCCACUAAAAGCAGGUUGAGCAGAAAAUUUGCUUUGCUGAACUGGGAGACCAUUCUCUCUCUUGAAGGUUCUGUCUCUUCUCUGCUUGGAAAUGGCUUCCACCAAUGCACUUCAGAAUUUACCCUUUUUUCUGGAUGGAGGUCCCAUGGACAGACAGAGUAUUUCCUUUUAAAAAACAUAACCUCAGAUCUGCUGUGGACUAAAUUUGAAAAUGGACAAACUUUUUUGAGGAUGAAGAAAGCAAUAAAAGACUUUUUAUCUUAUUUUUCUGAGGAUGGGUCAGAGACCCUUUGGAAGUGAUUGUUGAAGGACAACAUGGAGUGACUGUUACUAUGGAAAAGUAUGAAUGUUGUCUGCGUGCCUGUUUUAUGUUUCUAAGAAGAGCCAGCUUACCCUAUAUAAAAAUAUAUAUAUUAUUCAAUAUAAAAAUGUAGCUGAACGUGCUAGCUUUUCAAAUAUCUGUAAUCUUUCACCUCCCCAUUUUACCUUCAGAGCCCCAGCAGUCCUUGCAGAAUCAAAGAAAACAAAGAGGAACUCUUUGAGCCAAAUGAAUUUUUUUUUAAAUGGGCAUUACAGAGCCUAGACCUAGAUGUUUUUGGCCAUCGCUGCUGUGGUAAUGUGGCUGGCACUAGAUAGAACAGGUUCAGUUUAGUGAACAUAGUUUCCUCAGGGUCAGACUGAAUUUCCGAAGUAGCUUCUUGAGACGGGGCACUAGAUAAGAAAGGAAGGGUCCACGAACUAGGGCAAGGGUGGGCCAUUAAUAGCAGAGCAUGUCUGUCCAGGUCCAGGUGUUGGUCUAUGUCAUCAUUUAGUGCAGUUUUCAGGUUAGGUUUGAUUAGCUUUUUUCUCCAGUAGAAAAAAAACAAGCACAGAAAACUUGGCAUUAUUAUUCAUUUGAAUAAAGCAAAAAGCAAAAAUCAGAUUUGAAAUGGAAAAAAGACAAUCAAACUUAGUGAAGUACACUGGACCAGGAGCCAUUUUGCCUACCUCUGCAAAAGUUCCUGUCAUAAGAGUGUUGGAAAAAACAAAAACACUUGUGGGAAGUGUGUUUAUAGAUGCCAGAUGCAUCUAAAAAUGAAAAGAUUUAGAUAUUUAUUGCUUGGUGAGGGUUAGAAAGAGGCUUGGAGUGGAGCACUUGGUUCAGACUAUCAAAGCAGUUAUCAAAUUAGUCUAGAAAGUAAUGCAGUUUAUAAUUUUGUAAAUAACUCCUUAUUUAUUAAGUUAGUUCUCUAUUGGUUGAAAUGGCACAGAAUUAUGGCAUUUCCAAGUUCUUUUUAGGCACAGAAUUUUGGUGUUCCGAGUUGUCAGUUAGUGAUAAAAACAAGUAUUCCCCACCAGCCCAAGUGAAACUGGAAACAAGGACAAACUUUAGUCCUCUCUGCUGAAAUUGCAGUGUUAUGCCCUUUGCCUCCUCCAUUCCAAAAAUUCAUAUAGCUGUAAAACAUAUCUUGAAGCAGCAUUCUUCCAUGCAGUAUGUAUGACUUGUGUGCCUGUACAUUUCUUUACAUUUCUGAAAGGAAAAUAACAGCAAAGGAAACUUUGAUGUACAAAUAUUACCUCAUUACUGUUGUAUAAUUGAAACCAACAAAACAUAAGUACGUACAUUUUAGCAGCAGAAUACAAAUUGGUUAACAUUGUUUUUUUUUUUUGUUUUUUUUUUUAGAGUUACUGUAGUACAAAUAUUUUUUCAUGCUGUACAUAUUAUAAAAUAUUUUUUGUAGCAGAGAAAUCCCCAGCAGUAAAGAAAAUGAAUGGGAGACAGUUUUUUAUGAAUAUGUCAUGCUUUAUAUAUGUCCAGUGCUUUUUUAAUGGAUAAAUUAUUGUUAAGUUUCUAUUUGCUAUUUUAAGAGAUAAUUUCAUGUGUGUAGAUAUAUGCUAUUUAAAUAAUUUAUCAGGAAAUGCAACCAGAGAUGGGAGUGUUUCUGUCUGUAUAAACUGUUUGCACACUGACGUGAGGAUGUUUUGUUCUUUAUUGUUUUGUUUUAUUGUUCAAAUUUUCUUUUCUUUUUUUUUCUUUUUUUUUUACAAUUAGUGAUGCUUGUCUGUAAACAUUUCUACUAGUGUUGCCAUACAGAAAAUGCUGUUUUUAUCCAUACCAAUUAUUUUGUAACAUACAACAAAACAAUAAACAAGAAUUGAAAAAUGAAAA